GGGAGCUGCCCGCUAGCGGGCUGAGCGCAGGCGGAGUCCUGGCGUCCUGCUCCGGGUGCCACUCGCAGCAGGGCGGCGGCAAGCAUGGCCACGGCGGCGGCUGUGGCGGUUGCCCGUGGGGCCGGGGCGAGGGCGGCGGCGGCCCUGCGGGGUGGCUGCGGGAGUGCGGCCCGGGGGCGGCCGCGCGCGGGCCCCGCACGGCCCUUGUGCACAGCACCUGGGACGGCCCCGGACAUGAAAGGCUACUUGUGGGAGCGCUACCGGGAGGCGAAGAGGAGCACGGACGACUUGGUUCCUUCAAUUAUGAACAACUUGUUGAAUCCAGAUGCCAUUUUCUCGAACAAUGAGAUGAGCCUGUCGGAUAUUGAAGUCUAUGGCUUUGAUUAUGAUUAUACCUUGGUGUUUUAUUCCAAGCACCUGCACACGCUGAUAUUUAAUGCUGCUCGGGACCUUCUCAUCAAUGAACACCGGUAUCCGGUGGAAAUCAGGAAGUAUGAGUAUGACCCAAAUUUUGCAAUUCGUGGACUUCAUUAUGAUGUGCAGCGGGCAGUGUUGAUGAAGAUUGAUGCUUUCCAUUACAUCCAGUUGGGAACUGUCUACAGAGGCCUCAGUGUUGUCCCCGAUGAAGAAGUCAUUGAAAUGUACGAGGGGUCCCACGUGCCUCUGGAACAGAUGAGCGACUUUUAUGGAAAGAGUUCUCAUGGAAACACCAUGAAGCAGUUCAUGGACAUCUUCUCCCUGCCGGAGAUGUCCCUCCUGUCCUGCGUGAACGAAUACUUUCUCAAGAACAACAUUGACUAUGAGCCUGUGCAUCUGUACAAAGACGUCAAGGAUUCAAUUCGAGACGUGCACAUCAAAGGAAUCAUGUACAGCGCGAUCGAAGCAGAUAUUGAGAAGUACAUCUGCUACGCCGAGCAGACCCGUGCGGUGCUGGCCAAGCUGGCCCACCAUGGCAAGAAGAUGUUUCUCAUCACCAACAGCCCCAGUAGUUUUGUGGACAAAGGGAUGAGGUAUAUUGUUGGAAAAGACUGGAGGGACCUGUUUGAUGUGGUCAUCGUUCAGGCCGAGAAGCCAAACUUCUUUAAUGAUAAGCGGAGACCUUUCCGCAAGGUGAACGAGAAAGGUGUCUUACUCUGGGACAAGAUCCACAAGUUGCAGAAAGGCCAGAUUUAUAAGCAGGGCAAUCUAUAUGAAUUUUUGAAGCUUACUGGAUGGAGAGGAUCCAAAGUGUUGUAUUUUGGUGACCACAUAUACAGUGACCUGGCGGAUUUGACCCUGAAGCACGGCUGGCGAACUGGUGCAAUUAUCCCGGAGCUGAGGUCCGAGCUCAGGAUCAUGAACACGGAGCAGUACAUUCAAACCAUGACCUGGCUGCAGACCCUGACCGGGUUAUUGGAACAGAUGCAGGUUCACAGAGACCCCGAGUCACAGCUGGUUUUGCAGGAGUGGAAAAAGGAAAGAAAGGAAAUGAGAGAAAUGACCAAAAAUUUCUUCAACACCCAGUUUGGAAGCUUGUUCCGCACAGACCAGAACCCGACCUACUUCCUGAGGCGCCUGUCACGCUUUGCGGACAUCUACAUGGCGUCUCUGAGCUGCCUGCUGAACUACGACGUCAGCCACACGUUCUACCCGCGGAGGACUCCGCUGCAGCACGAACUUCCUGCCUGGUCGGACGGGGCCCCCACCGUCAGACUCCCUCUCCUGCAGGAGGCCCGUGCCAAGUAACCGGGGGCCCAGCUGCAGAAAAAGCCAGAAGCAGGGACAGCCCCCAACUGGCUGGACGUGACGGGGUUGACUUGUGUGCAGACGAGUGUUGCUUUUGGAAAAGAUACAAAUAUGCCUUUUGAUAUUUAUUACCUUAUGGAGACUCCUUCCACGUUGUUAAGACUGAAGCGAGCAGCCCACCAGUUCCGUCUUCGCAUUUCUUGUUGGGCCGAGAGGGAAGCUUCAUACUGAAACCCUGCCAUCAGCCUUUUUGUUUACCGAGGUCCUGGGUCGGGUGUCCGUGUUUCCGGGCUCGGUGAGACCCCUUGAUGCCAUCUCUCAAUUCUAGCUGCUGUAGUGUCGAAACUGUUCUUGACUCUUCGUGGAAAACGGGCUGACCAUUCCUGGACAGUGCUCCGGGGACCGCAGGGGCACAGCACCGUGCGACCGUAAGCAGCUCGCGGAAAGCUGACGGAGGAGUCCACGAGCUCCGUAACAGCCUCGCACGGCAGUCAGCAGCAGAGGUGGCCCCCACGUGGCCUCCAGCGCCCAUGGUGCAGGGUACCAGGGGUUUGGCCUCUUGCUGUGGCCGCCCUCAAAGGGAGACGCUGCCUCCUUGCCAAAAAAGUCUUCUGUAACAGAACAAGAGAAGUUGCAAGUCCUGGCCCCGUGGUUGUCCUCAGCGGCUGCUUCCCGGGUCCUACCCUGCCCUGGGAGCACCUGUGGUGUCGCCGGCGAAAGGCGGGUCCCACUCCUCCUUCGGGAAAGGAGGGCGAGGAGAGGGGCCCUGCCUUACAGCCCGGCUGACCGGCCGUGUAGAAUACAGCUGCAAGACACAAGCAGGCCGGAGGGACCGGCGCCUCCGUGGUGGGCCUCCCGGGGGUUCAUCCUGCCUGAAAAUGCCACCCAGGUGUUGGCUUGAGGUGCUCUUUGGAGGACAGAAAAUGAAGCAGGCAAAACAAUGUCCUGUCGUGACGUGCCCCUUCUGGAGCCCUGCUGGGUUAGGAUCUUGUUAAAACACUCGCAUGUCCCUCAGGGGAGGUGGCAGCAGCCCUGUCACUGCUUAGCUGCCCCAGCCCCAUCCUCCCCUUUGAGCUCCCCCCACCCCCCGCCGUGUGGCUAUUUGGGGAGCGUGGGUGGUUUUCCUGAGGAUGAAGGGCGGGCAAAGCCAGGAGGAGACUUAGGAACGGCCCGGCUCGUCCAGCGUCUCAUGGCCCUCUGAGGACGACGUGAGGGGCACGCGUGUUUAUCCGCAGUGGGUGCGGAUGGCGGCGCCCUGAACGGGGACGUGUGGGCGGUGCUCGCUUGUUCUGCAUUUUACCGUGGUCCGUGUAUUGGAGCCAGCUGCGGAUGAAAUUUCAGCUUGGCAUUCCACAGACCACCUGCCAUGGCCCACAAAUGAAGUGGGGUGCACGGCUUCCCUCGUGAUGCCGUGCGUGAUGCCCUUUAGACCCAGGAGGCCCAACUCGGCCCCUUUUUUUACUUGGAAACUUUGUUAUACACCCAGUAGGCCUUUCUUCUUCAGGAACGGGGUAGGCCUUCUGUCGGCUGGGUGUUAGCUCCUGUGUGGCUAGAGCAUCAGAAGGUAGCGUAGAUGGGCAUCUGAUGGGUGCUGGAGGGCCCAGGAGUGCUUGGUACUGGGGUCCUUGGCACACAGGCUGUGCUCUUGGCCUUGGAGUUUCUGUCUGGAGAAGCUGAGUGAAGAAGUAAAACAGUUUUUUUUUCCCCUCUGAGUUUUAAUCUAAUCAGAUAGUCAUCCCUGUCUCCUUGGUGCCAGUUAUAAGGUGUCUCGUGUACUCAAGAAUGAAGUAGUGCUGGUUUUUUUUUUUUUUUAAAGAUUUUAUUUUUUUGACAGAGAUCACAAGUAGGCAGAGAGGCAGGUGGUGGGGGGCGGGGAAGCAGGCUCCCCGUUGAGCAGAGAGCCUGAUGCGGGGCUCGAUCCGAGGACCCUGGGAUCAUGAUCUCAGCUGAAGGCAGAGGCUUUAACCCACUGAGCCACUCCGGUGCCCCAUGUAGUGCUGUUCUUAAAACUGCUUUCAUGGACAGCUAAGUUAGGUGACACAAGCCUUGGGGGAGAAAGAGAUUUUUCUCGAAACGAAUGAUGAAUUUUUUUUUUUUUUAAGAUUUUAUUUAUUCAUUUGACAGACAGAGGUCACAAGUAGGCAGAGAGAGAGGAGGAAGCAGGCUCCCCGCUGAGCAGUGAGCCCGAUGCGGGGCUCGAUCCCAGGACCCCGAGAUCAUGACCUGAGCCGAAGGCAGAGGCUUAACCCACUGAGCCACCCAGGCGCCCCCAAAUGAUGAAUUUUAUAACCUAUUGUCAAUUAAGAUCUCAGUCUCUGGGCCACUGAACAUGGCAGGAUGAGAUGGGCCACGUAGUGGAAGCCUGGCAUCUGUCUGAGCCAGGCCCACACAGCAGGCACCUGGUGGACUGAACCCACGCCAAGGCCAGCCGUGUGGGUCAGGGCGGCCGUGUCCACGUGGAGGACAGCCCGAGGCAUUCUUCCCGGGUGUGCUCCAUCAAGAUAGACUGCAACUGUCUUGACUCUGCUGGGGUUUGGUGCACUGCCCUGGGCAUUUUGUUCUUUCCAGCUCUCUGUGGUGCCCACUGAGGGAAGCGCAGUGGUACAAGGGAACAGAGUCGGUUUUCUACCAUUUAGAAAAUCAGUUUGGAAAGCGAACAGAAUAAGAUGGAUUUGCAUGUUGAAAAAUAUCUCCUGUUUUUUGCAUCGGUUAGACUGGUGGUGCAGGGACAGUUCAGCCGGCCAUGGCGGUGGCUCUGCAGGGCUUGUGGGACCCGGGGUGGACUGCCAUGGAAGGGACUCGUACAACUGGUUUUGUAGUUGCUUUUAUAGAUGAAAGUCAGCUUUUAAAGUGUUUUAGGAGUUUGACUUAGAGGUCCUUCUUUCCUUCUGACAUAGCCUUUUUUUUUUUUUUUUUUUUUUUUUUUUUUUAAUUUUUAAAGUCUCUUCAGCUCUGUUUUCUGCCAUCACCAGUGAUGUUAUGUAACAUAAACCACCUGUUACUGAUUUGGGCACAUCUCAGACUAAAUUACUAGUUGCUUUGAGUGCAUCGGCUCUCUUAAUUAUUGCAAAGUAGAAAUGAGAAGUCAUCUUCCCUCCUCACUAAUUUAGCUUUGAGGGAACUAAAUGGCUUUUCCUCUUUCUUCCUCCUGAAGGCCUUUUAAGCAGUAGAAUGUGCUAAAUACUGGACUUGAUUCCGGGCGCUGAGUGCUCAUUUGCUGCCAAAGACCCACUCGGGGGCCCUUGUCCAUAAUGCUUUGAGACUACAUUUGGCCAGAGGCAGGGUUCCUUGAUUGCUCUAUUCAACUACAAGGGAGCCUAUAUUUUUCCCUCUUAAUACUAAUUUCCGUUUGUACCAUUUUUCUCUCUUUUUUUAAAUUGCAUUAGCAUUUGGGAGCCUGGCCUCAGGUUCAGCUGAUCUUUAACACCCUUGUGGGUUGAGGCAAGGAAGGGGAGAGAAGUUUCUCUGAUGCAGGGUUCAGCCAGUGUUGCCUGUAAAGGGCCAGCAAGGAAGCACUUGCAGCUUCACGGGCCAUUUUCUGCCACCAUUGCCCUGGGAAUGGGCACGCUGUGUUCUGUCACAACCUGAUUUACAAAAACAGCUGCAGGCUAGAUGUGGCUCUCCGGCCCCAGUUUGCCCAAUCCUGCUCUCGUCCCUUGUGGCGACGGCACCAUGACCUUGCUGAAAGCACGCGUUAACCGCCUCAGAGCUGCAUGAGGCUGGAAGAGAGAAGUUCUGUAGGUGCGUGCACCACACUCCCCGUGCCCUCUGGGCACCCGUGCUUCUGUAGCUGGUGUUUCUAGCACACGGCGUAGCCCUUGUGGUGCGUAAUUGAACAGCCAGGCUCGGGCACUAAGUGAUCGUCCCUCACUGCACUGACUGGUGCAUGUGCUCGUAGAGGGGGAUGGGCUUGGCUGUGCAGAACACCUGCAGAACCCAGGGACUUAACCCCCAACUGCUGGGUCAGCUGCUGGCUCCCCGUCCUCAGCUGGUGACCCUCUUCCAGAGCUUCCCCAGCGGAGAAGCCCAGCCUCAGAGAAGGUCACUCACACCCCCUUCCUGGAGCAGCCAACUCCGGCCCUACCUUCCUCCCUCCUCGUUCCUUCUUUUCCAUCCCCAGGUGUUGAUCCCAAGAACACUUCGCCCGUACUUGUCCUGCAUGCAAACCUCACCUUGGCCUCUGCUUCCCGGGGCAGCCAACCCGCUGCAGGCCUCCGUACUUUCUUAGCACUGCCGGCUUGAAGCCUGAGGACACCGUGUUCCAAGUAUUUAGUAGAAUGACAGAGGGUGCCCGUAGGGUAUCAGGCGCCAUACAUGUGAACUAGGUAGACUUACUAUUUAUUCUGGAUGUGAAUUUGCUAUUUAUUCUAAAUGUUCGAUUUUAUGUUAUAGGACUGAACUUCUUGCCAAAUAAAAGUUUGAAUUGUG